AGAGGUUCCUAGUAUGAUCUCGUUUGAAGCGGGGGCGUUUGUUCUUGCUCAGCUGAAGCUGCCUUACAUUAAGUGUUGAUUUUUACUACCAGCUCAUACCUAUACGGAGCAACAUCCGUGUGCUUUCAUUGAGAUUCUUGCUUGUGAUAAAUCAUUCUGAUGGCACGAUGUUGUGCCAUGUUACUGGUGAGAGGACGGACGGGGGAAAAGGAGGAGUAAGUCAUUGAUACUUGUUGAUGUUCUUGAUUCACAGACGGUAACAGAUUUGUACACUCAGAAGCACAGAUCCUUUUUUUCCUUCCUUCCGAGCGGGAGUCUGGAUAUAAAGCGAAGUGUGGCUCGGUAUUGAAAAAAAGAGCACCCUGUUGCCGUGUCUUUCGUGUUUUUUUGGUUGUUGCUUUAUUGGCCUAUACAAAUAAUUGUUGAUCACUUUGAAAUGCUUAUCCAUAAAGGCUUGAUUUUGCAUCCGCUCCUGUGAGUCUCCUAAAGUUUAUUUAUUUGUGAGCUGCUGUCAGACGUCAUCUUCACACGAUCAUACCAGCUUUUGUUACAUACGAUUAAAAAAAAAAAAAAAAAAAAAAAAAACAUUAGUCACCGUUUUUGGAAAAUCUAAGCAGUCUUAUUUCCAGGAGAGACUAUUUCUUAAAUGCUGUGUACAAUGAAUUACAAGAAGAACACAGCUUGAAUGAAAAUGCUUCAGGAAACCCUGUCGUGUAUGGAAGUUACCGAAACACAGGUAAAACUGACAUCGCCGCCUGUUAAGUAAAUUGUUUAUUCUGGCAACUAGCAGUUAACAAUGUUAAAAACGGGCAAGAGGAAUAUACUUGUUAUGAUGGCUGGGUGCAAUAGCCCCCUUUUAACAAACUGGCGCGGAUUGCAAUUCAACUUGGUGAAUAUCUAAGAAGGGAUAUAGCAAUCACAACUCACCACUGGAUGGCAAGUAGGCGUCCUUCAGAAGUAAUAAUUACAAGAAAAUAGCUUUUAUUUUGGUGGCUGAUUGCACACAGGUAUGAAAAUUGCUGUCCAGCGUGCUGAGUUCUAAAAGACGUGGGAAAUUCAGCACGUAUAAGAAUGUGGCAAUUAGGCUUGAGAAAGAUUCGAUUGUGAUUUUAAACCGGUUGAGACUCAUCAGCCAAGUCGCGGGACUGAAUAGACUUUGGACCGAAAGGAAAUAUGCAGGCAUGGGUAAUUUAAACAUAGUCAUUACCAACCCUAUUCCUGCUUCUUUCAAGGUUUAAGGGAUAACUGCCUUAGCAAGAUGACCUGGUAUGAAUUAGAUAUGGGAAAACUGUGUAAAUGCAUCUCUCAAAAGAAAAAAAGGCUUUAAACAGACAUUUGGAAACGACACGCGUAUUUAAUAUAUGAAACAAAAACUACUGGGACAUAUUAGCUAAAACCAUGGGUCAGUAAAGAAACCAAGCAACACAAACUAUUUUGUAGCGAACCUGCACCGGGGAGCCUGUCGUGUCGAAUUGUUUUUUGAGACAUGGCAGCGGCGAUUGCCAGCGGUUUGAUCCGGCAGAAGAGACAGGCUCGGGAGCAGCACAUUGACCGGCCCGCCCCCAAUCGGAGGAGGAAGAAGAGUCCUAGCAAGAACCGGGGGCUCUGCAAUGGGAACCUGGUCGAUAUUUUCUCCAAAGUCAGAAUCUUCGGCCUCAGGAAAAGGAGGCUACGGAGACAAGAUCCCCAGCUCAAGGGUAUAGUGACCAGGUUAUAUAGCAGGCAAGGCUACUACUUGCAAAUGCACCCAGAUGGAUCUCUUGAUGGGACCAAAGAUGACAGCAGUAAUUCUUCUUUGUUCAACCUUAUACCAGUGGGACUCAGAGUUGUUGCUAUUCAGGCCGUGAAGACAGGGUUAUACAUAGCCAUGAAUGGAGAAGGUUAUCUCUACACAUCAGAACUUUUUACGCCAGAAUGCAAGUUUAAAGAGUCUGUGUUUGAAAACUAUUAUGUGAUCUACUCCUCCAUGCUAUACAGACAGCAAGAGUCUGGCAGGGCUUGGUUCCUGGGUCUCAAUAAAGAAGGCCAAGUAAUGAAGGGGAAUCGAGUGAAGAAAACAAAACCAGCUGCUCAUUUCCUGCCUAAGCCAUUAGAAGUUGCCAUGUACAGAGAGCCAUCAUUGCAUGAUGUUGGAGAAUCAGUUCCAAAGGCUGGAGUGACUCCGAGUAAAAGCACAAGCGCGUCUGCAAUAAUGAAUGGCGGCAAACCGGUUAGCAAGACGAGCAAGACGACAUAGCCAGAUCUUAACAGCUGUGGUGACUAGAGCGAACCCAUAACACUGUUGAGCAAUUUAUCCUGGACAGACUCUUUAACAUUCAGUUGCCAGCAGAUCAGGUUCAGGGAAGUGAACUCUUGCUUCUCACUGAACUGUUUCGCAAGUGGAUAAAUCCCAACGUGUAUCUAAUAAAUCUAAAAGGAGAAGAAACCUGGAUAACCAGAUAAACAGACCAUGGAAUGCCCUACCAGAUAUGGAAUGCCUUUUUAAUCUUUUCUGUAACUGUGACACUCCAUGUGAAUGAUGUAUUUCACAGCCACACGUGGUACCUUGCCUGCUGACAGUUACCCAUAAUUCCCAUUUGAGCCCAGUUUCAGCAAAGUCCAUGUAAUUCUGAGCUGUUUUCUAUUCCACGGUUGACCAGCCCAUUUCUGGUUAAAUGCUGUAAACAUGUAGUAAUAUGGACUGCAUCUCCCCUUUUUAUAAGUCUGCUAUCUAUCUCUCUUUUGCUUUCUUUAUUUCUGUCUUCAAUGUUUUAGAAGUUUUUGCUAUGUGUGAUUUUCAGAUACACACAAAAAUACACACACACACACUGACACAACAAAAGAUGCCACAUGUGGCUUGUUUCAAAGCAAGCAAUCAGGAAGCUUCUAAGUAAACUAAUUUGGAAAACCACAAAAAAAAGGAAUCUGUGUCUGAGGCACAGAGCAUUGAUUUUACAUAUUAUUGAAAACACUGCAAAGACUGACAGAUAGCUCAUAAGAUUGGUGUGAGUUCAGAUAGAAUUAUGUCAUCCAAAAUCAAUGUAAAGUCAGUUGGUGAGUAUUUCGUGCCUAUAGUUCUUUUUAUUUGUGGUCCUUACCAUACAUAUCAGAAGCUGAUUCUGCUAGCAGUGACAUUUGCCUUGCCCAGGGAAUAGGAAAUGCAAUUAUUAUAUUUAUUUUUUUAGAGCAUGGGCUCUAGGAAACUCUAUAGGCCUUGUAGGCCUCUGGUUCAGGCCCAUCCUUCGUAUGCUGACCUUCCCCAAAUAAUGAGCUAUGCUUAUGACUAGCAAAGGGAUCACACAAUGUGCAGCCAUUUAAAAUAUCUACUCUAGUCAGUGUCUGAUAAUGCUGAAUGUACCGGUAAGUAGAUGUCUUUAUGACUGGCUGCAUCCCACUGUUAAGCAAAGCAUGGGCAAGGUUAGUCUUGUGUUCUUUCUUGUAGCAGCAAUGCAGGAAAUAGCUUAUAUUAUAAUGUUUUCAUUGUAAAAAAAACAAACAAAAAAAAGACAAUAAAAAAACAUAAUUUUUAAUAACUAGACAUAUUAAGAGAUAUAGGAGAGGAUUUUUUUUUUUUUUAGCUCAGCAUGCAGAGUCCAGUACUUCUUAUAUUGGCCUAUGUGCCUGUGCAUACCUCUAACCCAGCAUGCAAAAACAUGUACCCAAAGCUGGGUUAAAGGUGCCUCAUAAUCAGUUCACAUCCAGGAGAAGACUAGUAGCAUAUUAAAAAUGGUCAAAUUAACACUGUUUUAGUCGGUUUUUACAUGAUUGGGUUAUCCUUAACCUACCAGAUGAAUGCUUUUUUUUUCUUUUUUUUUUUUGCAAUUUGAAAAAUGGAACUGAAAAUAUGGUUUGCAUAUUGAGAAAACCGUAUCUCUUCCUUUGGCCUUUUCACUAGUCUCUGGGAGUUCUGAUCAAUACAUUUUCAUUUAGUAUUCAUUCUGUAAAGGGUAUGUGUACCCAGACAGAUUUUUCAAAACCACACACAUGCAUGCUAAGGCCCCAUUAUUGAAUUUAGUGAAUAACAGUCAAAUAUUUUAAUAUAUAGAGGACCCAACUGUGGCAACAUUUUAAACCAUCGCCAUAACAAAAAACUAAAUGUUAUUCUGUUUUUAAUUGGCACGUUAUAGUAUAAAGGUUAUUACGUGGUGAUGUUUGUUUUCUGUUAAAAAAAAUAUCAAACAAAACAUAACAUUCCACUGCUUUUUUGUUCUGAAGCAUCAUCUAGACAUUUCUGUAUUGAUUUAUGAUGAAUUUCCAGAAUCAAAGGAUCAGUAUAAACUUGUCUUGCUUCAUUUAUUUUCAUAAUAGUUUUAUUAAAUAAGAGUUUGUAUAUUGUUAUAAGCUAGAUUGAUGCUGUGCUGCUAAAUUUCAAAUAUAUUAAGGAAUUCAUUUGAAAAUGUAUAAUUUCUCGAUCUUGAUGGAAUUACGAGCUAGUUUCUUAUUAGGAGAAGUGAAGCACAUUAGCUAAAAUGUACUAUUUAAGUAUUUACAAAGCUACAUUAAUGCUAUAAUACAGUAAUAUGCACAAAAGGAAUUUAACAUUUUAAUUCUAUUUAGGGCUGGUGUCCCGUGUCCACGUAAUACAAAAUCAUAAUUUUCAACAGUGAACCCUACAUGCUGGGCUAUACUCGCCUGCAAACCAGUUGACUGGGUAAAUUAAGGCUGAAUUUAUUUUUGUAAAUGACUAGUGUGUAAAAUGUAACACCUCUGUUCUUUUUCUUUUUGGUUUCUACGGAUUGUCUGUGAUGGUGUUUAUUCCUAUGAACGGUUGUCUUUGAACAGUUUUUUCUUAACAUGUUUAAACAUACCAGGCGGAAGGGGGCUUUGUUAUUUGUGCUUUGGUUAAUACUUUUAAUUUGUCUGUUGUCUCAUCUGUUGCAUGGGAAGAGGAUGGCAUUGAUGAACUGCAUGUAGUAGGCUAUGUGUAUAAAGAACUGUUGGUUUGUACUGCUAACUUUACAUCCAUAUAUGCAAAGAGUUUGUCUGCACUACUUGUGUUUAUUUGUUGUACACACAGAUACAACAUAUUGAAUAAAACUAUUUAUAUAAAGGCAUACUAAA